AUGGUCCCAGAGUCUACGCUUGAUACUUCGUGGGUCGAGAGACGGCAUCCCCUAAUAGCGCUCCCAGAUAGCCCAACGCAACAGGAAUACCGUACUUUAACGUCGCUAAUUAAGGAGAAUACACCCGAAUUCGCGGAUUGGGCUACACAUAAGGAGAUUACCGUGAUUGCCGCUGGCCUCUGUCAAGCUUUCUCCUUAAUAAAGCCAGAAUUCUUUAAAGCAACAAGGAAUCAUACUAAUGCGGUCGAGCAGACCCAUUAUAAGUCUUACUGGAUGGGUACCCGGGAUUCGCUUCUUCAGGCUGUUCAAUCGUCGAGGAUCCUUGAUCAAACUGAUAUAGAUCAGUACCAUGGCCGGGAAAACUUCGAUAUUUUACCUAGAUAG